GACACUUUCCGGUCGACUCUGCCAGAGGGAAACGCGGGACUCAAGCCGCAACUGCAUUGUGCUAGAAGAAAUGGAGGUUUCAUCCACUGGAGAUGGGUCAUCUCCCUUUUAUUGCCAUGUCUGCAAAGUUACCUGUGUCUCAGCACUCAAUCUUCAGACCCACUUUUUGGGUUCAAAGCACAAAACGAUACUGGAGGCAAUUCAAAACUUUGGAAAGCCUGCCGAUGAGCAAGAUAAUCCCAUAACGGAAGCUCCCGAUGAAAAAGGCCCGCCCCAGUCAUUGAAGGUGCAGCUGGAAACUUGCAGUUCUACUGAAGCUGCUCUUGGACUGGAAUAUAUUGACGAGUACCAUCCCGAAGGAUCCAGUAAUUUUGUUUACAACUGCAGACUGUGCAACUUCCGAAAUGGCUUGACUCAUAUGUUCAUGCACAUUGUUGGAGCCCGACAUAGAAUUGCAUAUUUGAGUAAGCAUCACCCAGAUACAGGCAUCCAUGCCAACUAUAAAACAUCAAACAGUGAUAAAAUAAGGAAAAUAAAAGAAAUCAGCAUAAAUAUUGAGAGAAACUUUGGAAGAAAAGAUAUAAAUAUUAUAAACGGACCUUGCCCAAGACAAUUAAUGGAUGUACCAGCUGCUAAUUAUCAGCCAGACAGCAGUCUGCAGAAGAUGGAUUUCACCGCUGAUGAGUUUGCUGACGAUGACGCUCCACAAUCUCCUCCUCGUAUCAAAUCAUUUCGAGAAUUAAAGUCAACUCAUGAAUCAAAACAAAAGGAAGAAGCAGCCAGAAUGGGCAAUAGUGCUGUGAGUACUGAUGGAGAAGCUACUGGAAACCUUACUAAGAGUGCUGAUGGAGAAGUUAAUCAGAGUACUACUGGAGACGCUACGCCAAGUGCUGUGGGUGAAAAUGCUGAAAACACUAGUGGCAAAGCUGUUCCAAGUGAUGCUUCUAAGAGCGCUGAUGGGGACGCUUCUAAGAGUGCUGCAGAUGGAGAUGCUCCUAAGGAUGAUGCUUCUGGAGAACCUACUCCAGACGCUGAUGCAAAAGCGAAUAAGAGCGCUGGUGGAGAGGCUUCUGAUUCCAAAUCGGGAGAACAGGAUGAUGACAGUGAUCGAGAAGUGCGCAGCAUGGAAUGUAGUGAAUGUGAUCCAGAUGAAUUUUUGUACAAUGAGGAGCUCUAUGCGUAUUUGGAUGCAUUUAAAAUCCUAAAUGAUGAGGACGUUGCAUUUCUCUACAAAGUUGCACAGGGUCUUACAAAAGCCUUGGUACGCUUCAAGAAGAAUUUUGAUGAAAAAAAGGCAUUGUCUAUACAAGAGCAGCAAAGAGCAUUAUCUCAAAAGGAGCAGUUGAGCAUGAAUCUUCAAGAAAAGAGUUAUUCAACACAAUCUAAACAGGCAUCUCCUCAAAAGCGACCACACCCUUCACAGUUUAAACGGUCACCAUCUCCUCAGAAGCGGUCUCGUAGCCAAGAGUAUAAUCCGGCUCAGUCUCGCAAGGAGAACUACCGGCCAACACAAGUCAACCGUGUAAAACCUAACCAGGGGCAGCUUACAUCAGCAUCACAAAAUCGUGAACUUUCUCGUCAGGGGCAGUCUCUUCCAGGACAGUUUAAUCAAAGGCAAACACGCCAAGAGCAAACUCGUUCAGGGUCACUUAAUCAAGCUCAAUCUCGCCAGGGGCCAGCUAAGCGGGCACGAUCCUGUGAGGAAUCAUUUGAUCAGUCUCUAUCCCUCCAGCAGCAGUCUCGUGAAGAACCUUUUAAUCGAGCUCAGUCUCGCCAGCAGCAGUCUCGUAAAGAGCCCUUAAACCAGGCACCAGCACAAUCUCGUCAGGGACAGUCUCGGGAAGGACCAUUUAACAGUGCUCUGCCACGUCAGAAGCAGUCUCGUGAAGAACCUUUUAACCAGACACAGCCUCGUCAGCAACUGUCUCGAGAAGAACCAUUUAACAGAGCACAGCCCCAUCGGCAGCAAUCAAGUGAAGAACCAUUUAACAGUGGACAAUCCCAUCAACAGCCAUUUAACAGAGCACAGUCCCGUCAGCAACAGUCACGUGAAGAGCCUUUUAACCGGGGGCAAACCCGUAUGCAACAGUCACGUGGAGAGCCUUUUAACCAGGGACAACAGGAGUCCCAAGAAGAACCUUUUAACCAAGAACAGUCUUAUCAACAGUCUCGUGAAGAACCAUUUAAUCGGGCACAGCCUCGUCAGCAGCAGCAGGCCCGUCAACAACCAAUUAACCGGGGACAAUCCCAUCAGCAAAAAUCUCGUGAAGAGCCACUUAAUAGAGGACAGUCUCACCAGGAAUUGUCUCGGUCCACGCAAUUCAAUAGGAUGCAGUCUGAUCAAUCAAAGCAGAGGCUGACUCAACAACUACAGUUUGAAGAGGAAAAUCACCCACAGUUGGCUGAGCCUUACCCAGAUGACCCUUACCCAGGUGAGCUUUCCCAGCCUGCUCAUAAACGUUUGAAAGCACCCCGGUCUGCUGAGGAGCAAUAUAAUGAACCUUGGUCUGCUGAGGAGCAAUAUAAUGAGCCUUGGUCAUCCCGGGAGCAGUAUAAUAAGCAUCAGUCUACAAAGGGGAAAUUUAAUGAUCCUCAAUCUGGUCAGGAAUGGUUAAACAAAGCAGCAGCCACACAAGAACAAUUUACUGAACCGCAGCAUGCCGAGGAACACUAUAAUGAGCCACAGUCUGCGCGAGGCCAGUUUAACAAGCCACAGCAUGGACAAGGCCAAUUUAACAAGCCUGUGUCUGCCAAGAGCCGGUUUAACGAGCCAGUUUCUGCCAAGAGCCGGUUUAACGAGCCACAGCUUGCCAGAGGCCAGUUUAACGAUCCACCUCCUGCACGGGGAAAGUCUAACGAGCCAUCUCCUUCUCGUGGCCGUUUUGAUGAGCCCCCUACUUCUCGGGGCCACUUUGAUGAGCCCCCCACUGCCCGGGAAAAGUUUAACGAGCCACUCCCUGCUCGGGGCCAAUUCAAAGAGACACCUCCUGUUCGGAGCCGAUUUGAUGAGCCACCUUCUAUUCGGAGCCGCUUUAAACCUUCUAAAGAUCAAAUGAAUGAAACUACCCAGGAGAGCGAGAAAUCGUGGCGGUCUUCCCAAGAGCGUUAUAAAGCUGAACUGUCUGCUUAUUACCAGGCAAAAGCAGAACAGCCUCCAGAUGAGCAGCUUUAUACAGCACAAACGAAUCAAGAACGGUUUAAAGCAUUGCAUCAGCAGCGAUUUAAAGCAUUCCAAGCUAGCAAGCAACAGUCAAAAACAUCUUCCCAAGAGCAGUUUAGUAAAUACCCUGACCAGGACCAGUUUAAUGCACCACAAUCUAGCCAGAACAGGUUUAACAUGCCACAACCUAACACACGCCAGGAAAGGUUUAAUGCACCUCUGUCUAAUCAGGACAGAUUUAAUGCACCUCCGUCUAAGCAGGGUCGAUUUAAUGCACCACAGCCUAAGCAGGAGCAGUUUAAGGCACAACAGUCUGCACCUUAUAAACAAGCAAAAUCUAUUCCACCACUCCUGAAACCAAAGCAAUUUGAAGAGCAGUCUUAUCCAGAGCAAUAUGAACAGAUAGCAUCUUAUCCAGAGCAAUAUGAAAAGGAGGAAUGGUCUCAGCCAGAACAGUAUGAACAGGAGUGGAAUCAGCAGCAGUAUGAAAGUGAACAGUCAUACCCUGGGCAAUAUGAAGGACAACAAUCCUACUCAGAUCAAUUUGGCAUGGGAAAAUCUCGGUCUGCCCAGUUUAAGCCUGAAUUAAAUUUUCAGGGCCAACGAAACCGUGAAGACUCUUACCUGGCACACUCUAAACCUAAAGAACUUGUCUCUGAACUACCUAAUCCUCAAGGGGCUCUCCUGAAUCCAUCUAAACCUGAGUCUUUUCCAGUGCCAGCUCAACCUGAAGGCUCACAACAAGGACCAUUUAAACCUAAAGGUGCCCGUCCUGCACUUUUUGACCCUAAAGCCUCGGGGUCGGCACCGUAUAAGCAAGAGGGGUCUGGCUCUGCAGAGUAUUCUUCAGAAUACAUCAAUGUUCCACAAAACUAUGCCAAUGAGCCACCAAACUCCUCCGGUGAAAACUACAAGAGAUUUCCAGAACCUAAUUAUCCUCCAAAACAACUAUUUCCCAUUUCCUCAGAGCCCCGAUUCAAUGCCAGGGGGCCAAAUCCUAAUCCAAGACAACCUUGGUCAGCUCGGCCUGCAUCGAAUAUACCUAAGGACCCAUGGUUAAAUCAGAUGCCUCCCACCUUUAAAAUGGACUCCUCCUUCCAACCAAGAAUGCUCGCACCAUCUGUAUCUCCAGAUUUGUCCAGGUCUGUACCUCCAGGCUUCCCCUUUGGCAAAAAUGAAAUCACUGAAAAGUUUUUUGAAAGCAUAAAAAACAUGGAUGUGUCUGAGGUGAAUUCUACAUUGAACAAGAUAGCUGCCACCAACCCAGCUUUCAGAGGAAUCCAUGUUCCAAGCGUGAUUAAGUACUUGACUGAAACAGGAAAGCUAAAUCCUACACGUUAACACAGAACUGAAGCAUUUCUUUAGGAAUCAAUAUCCCAAAUACCAAGAAAAAUUAAACAGAUAUUUUGCAUUGCAUUGUUUUUUUACCAUUUGAUUUGAAAAUAGUUUUUUUUUUUUUCAUUUAAAUAAAAUGUGAAUUUUGUUGAAACUUUCUAAAAAAGAAAAGUCUGACUGCUGACUUUUGUGAAGGCAGUCAUUCACCAUAAAAAAUGCAUAAUUAUUUUAAAUGGCAAGUCAUGUUACAGUACCUUCAAGUAAAAUAGAAUUUCUGUUAAAAUAGAAAUGUAAUACAUUUUUUCUGUUUAACUAUUUGGUGUGCAUUUUAUAGUUUGAAGUGGCCACCACCAUUUUACUUUAAUGUAGGUAUAGAAACGUGUCUCUGUGCUCUAAAUAUUUAAAAUUAUAUUUUUAAAUAAUCAGACAUUUUUGUAGGGAACAUACUUGCUUGCAUACUCUGAGCACUCACUAUGUAAACCAGAGUGUUUAUCAGUUUGAUAAUGGUGAUGCAUAUACCUAACACAUUUUCCUUUUUGGCUAAGUGAUUUUGAGCGUUAGGGUUCUAAUAAAUUUGUUUAAAAAAAAUAGCUCCCUAAAAUGUCAUAGAUGGUUUAAAAAGUAUUCAUAAUUAAACCUGUAUACUAUUAGGUUAUCGUUUGUAGUAUUGCUAAAAUACUGUUUUGGCUGAAAUGUAUCUGUUAUAUUUUUUUUCUCCAACAAUUUCUGCUUGCGAAUAAGGACCAGUGGUAGUGUAUGUAUAUGUGUGUGUGCAUGUAUAUAUAUAUGUAUAUAUAUAUAUGUGUGUAUAUAUAUAUAUAUAUAUAUAUAUAUAUAUAUAUAUAUAUAUAUAUAUAUAUAUAUAUAUAUAUACACACACACACACUAGCAAUGUGAAAAUACCAUAAUAUACUUUGAUGUAAAUUAACAGUCUCCUUAUAAAUUACUUUAUGGCUUCUUUCUGUAAUAGACUGAGAAAAACAAGAAUAUUCACAUUAAAAAUAUUCUGUAAAAUAAUUGUGUUCAAUGAUUUUCUUAAAUUUCUUAUACAAAACUAAUAAAGUUAGCUGCCUUGAAAAGGGAUACAUA